GGUUCUCACAGGUUGCUUGAACGUAGUUUUCUCAAUGGAUAACUUGAGCUUGCAGAAACAGGAUAUUGAAGAACUGCGAAGUGAGAUUGCAAAAUUGCGGGCUGCGCUUUACACCAAAGAACAGCAAUUGCAGGACCUGGAGCAGUUGCACGCACAACAAAGUGGCAAUGAUCCGGACUCGGCGGUUGUGCAGCAGGAGCAUGAAGAAAAGGCUGAGGUACACACCCAUCUGACGAAUGAUGACAUUGCCCGAUUCAGUCGCCAGCUUAUACUGCCCGGUUUUGGUGUGCAGGGGCAGCUGAAGCUUAAAAACAGCGCUGUGCUUAUUGUGGGCAUGGGUGGCUUGGGCUGUCCCGCUGCCCAGUAUUUGGCUGCAGCAGGCUGUGGCAGACUUGGUCUGGUUGACUACGAUAUAGUGGAGCGCAAUAAUUUCCACCGACAAACCCUGCAUUCAGAAAAGAAGGAAGGCAUGUCAAAGGUGGAUUCGGCGCGUAUUGCACUUCUGGAGCUAAACUCAAGCUGCCAGAUUAAGUGCCAUACGCGGUUGCUGAACAGUUUAAACGCGUUCUCCGUACUUCGUGCCUAUGACGUCAUACUCGAUUGCAGUGACAAUGUUCCCACUCGGUAUCUGCUGAACGAUGCCUGCGUUAUGCUGGGCAAGCCGUUGGUGUCGGGAAGCGCCCUGAAGAUGGACGGCCAGUUAACUGUGUACAAUUAUGGAGCUGAUGGGCCUUGCUAUAGGUGUAUUUAUCCCGUGCCUCCGCCGCCCGAGGCUGUGACGAAUUGCGGCGACGGCGGCGUUUUGGGCGCUAUAACCGGGACUAUUGGAGCAUUGCAGGCGCUUGAGGCUAUCAAGGUGAUUGUGGGCCUUGGCGAAGUGCUUGCUGGUCGACUACUUAUAUAUGAUGGAUUCAGUAAUUUGUUUCGUAACAUAAAAAUACGGUCCAAGCGGCCCAAUUGUCAUAUUUGCUCUGCGGAACCGCUUAUUAGGGACCUGAUUGACUAUGAGCUAUUUUGUGGCAUGCACGCCACCGACAAGGACAAUCCGUUGCAGCUGCUCGAGCCGGAGCAACGGCUGAACGUGUUCGAAUAUCAGGAGCUGCAGUCUGCGCCGCACCUGCUGCUAGAUGUGCGCCAACCGGCAGAGUUUGAGAUUUGCCAGCUGCCCAGUGCCGUGAAUAUGCCAUUGGCUGAGAUCCUGGACGAUAGUUAUGUGAAGCGCUUUUCCAGCCAGCUGGAGAGCAAAGAGUUCCCGAUUGUUGUGCUCUGCCGACGUGGAAAUGACUCACAGAUAGCUGUUCAGCACAUGCGAAAUCGCUAUCCAGAUCAUUCGAUACGGGAUGUAAUUGGUGGACUGCAUGCUUGGAGCAACAAAGUGGAUAAUGGUUUUCCAAUUUAUUAGAUAUAGGGGGAUAGUAAAUUUAGUAAGAUUCAGAAAUGUUUCAAUUUAUAUUAUUUAUACAAAUAUAUUAUUAAAAUAAAUACACAAAAAUGAGGUAUGUA